AUGAAGCUUUACUUUCUCUCCCUUCCAGGCAGUGAUGUGCAGCUGCUUGUGUAUAAAGGGGAAUCAUGUGAAGCAUUGGUGCAAACAGACCAGUGCAAACAGGUAAAAGAAGAGGAAAGAAAAACUGAUACUGAAGAGGAGUGUAGGACCACAAACCCUGCUCAGAAAGGCAAUGUUCAUUGGCCCUCAAUCCAAGGAUUAAGACAAAAAGGAAAAGAAAUAAAUAAAUAUCUUCAUCUUGCAUGUAGGCAAAGCUUCAUCUCUAAUCCAAGCCAUAAUCUUCACAGGAGAAUUCAGACAAGUGGGAAAUCUUUCAAAGGUAGUGAGUGUGAAAACAUAUCUGGUCUUAUUUCACUUGAAAAUAUUCACACACAAGAGAAACCAUUUACAUGCCUGGAUGAUGACUUCAGUCAUCAUCAAGCAGCUCACACAGGGGAGAAAUCUUUUAAUUGGCUUGAGUGUGGAAAACAUUUCAUUGAUAAAAGAAUCCUCUCUUGUCAUCAAGCAGUUCACAAAGGAGAGAAGCCAUAUAAAUGCCUGAAGUGUGGGAAAAGCUUUACUCGUAAGACUUAUUUCAUUUAUCAUCAAAAAAGUCACAAUGGGGAGAAGCCAUUUAAAUGCCUGCAAUGUGGAAAAGGUUUUGUUCAGAAGUCACAUUUCACUGAACAUCAAAAAAGACACAGUGGGGAGAAGCCAUUUAAAUGCCUGCAGUGUGGAAAAUGUUUCUUUAGGAAGACACGUCUCGCCAUUCAUCAAGCAAUCCACACAGGAGAGAGACCAUUUAAAUGCCUGGAAUGUGGAAAAGGUUAUAUUGAGAAGGCACACCUCAUUACUCAUCAAAAAACUCACACAGGAGAGAAACCGUUUAAAUGCCUGGAGUGUGGUAAAAGUUUUACUCGGAAGGUACAUCUCACUACUCAUCAAGCAACUCACACAGGAGAGAAACCAUUUCAUUGCCUGGAGUGUGGGAAAAGUUUUAUUCGGAAGACACAACUAGUUCAUCAUCAAAAAAGACACAGUGGGGAGAAGCCAUUUAAAUGCCUGGAGUGUGGUAAAAGUUUUACUUGGAAGGUACAUCUCACUCGUCAUCAAGUAAUUCACACAGGAGAGAAGCCAUUUAAAUGCACUGAGUGUGGAAAAGGCUUUUUUCAGAAGACGCACCUCAUUUGUCAUCAAGCAACUCACACUGGAGAGAAACCAUUUAAAUGCCUGGAGUGUGGUAAAACUUUCAUUCGGAAGGCACAGCUGACUUGUCAUCAGUCAACCCACACAGGAGUGAGGCCUUUUCAAUGCCUGGAGUGUGGGAAAGGUUUCAUGGAAAAAAGAACCUUCAUUAAUCAUCAAGCAAGUCACAAAGGAAUGGCGCCAUUUAAAUGCCUAGAGUGUGGGAAAGGUUUCAUGGAAAAAAGAGACUUCAUUAAUCAUCAAGCAAGUCACACAGGAGUGAAGCCAUUUAAAUGCCUGGAGUGUGAUAAAAGUUUCACUCGGAAGACAAGCCUCACUUACCAUCAAGCAACUCACUCAGAAGUGAAACCUUUUCAGUGCCUGGAGUGUGGGAGAGGUUUUGUGGAAAAAAGAGCCUUCAUUCAUCAUCAAGUAAUUCAUACAGGAGUGAGGCCAUUUAAAUGCCUGGAGUGUGGUAAAAGUUUCACUCGGAAGACAAGCCUCACUCAUCAUCAAGCAACUCACUCUGGAGUGAAACCUUUUCAGUGCGUGGAGUGUGGGAAAAGUUUCAUGGAAAAGAGAACCUUCAUUCAUCAUCAAGCAACUCACACAGGAGUGAAGCCAUUUAAAUGCCUGGAGUGUGGUAAAAGCUUCAUUAAGAAGGCACAGCUCACUAGUCAUCAAGCAACUCACUCAGGAGUGAAACCAUUUCAGUGCCUGGAGUGUGGGAAAGGUUUCACUGACAAAAGAGACUUCACUGGUCAUCAAGCAACUCAUACAGGGAAGAAGCCAUUCAAAUGCCUGGAGUGUGGUAAAAGUUUCAUUCGGAAGGCACAGUUCGCUUGUCAUCAAGCAACUCACUCAGGAGUGAAACCCUUUUAAUGCCUGGAGUGUGGGAAAGGCUUCAUGGAGGAAAAAACCUACAUUCAUCAUCAAGCAACUCACAGUGGAGGAGCCAUUCAAAUGCCUCUAGUGUGGAAAUGGUUGUAUUCAGAAGACAGACCUCACGUCAUCAAGCUAUUCACACAGGAGGGGAAUAACAAAUUCCUGGAGUGUGGAAAAGCUUGAACCAAGAAAGAAUAAAAUUAUGCUGUAACUGAUCCUAGGAUAGGUGCCUGCCUUUAACAGACAAUGUAAACAGCAUUUACCUCCAGGAUCUUUUACCUAGCAUGCAGAAACAACAAAAACAGAGAAAAGGGGAAUGCAGAUUAGCUACAGCAUGUUUUAAAAAAUUAUCCUCCUCAGUAUAAAUGUUAACCCCCCCAAAAUGGAAAUCAUCAGAAAAAUUAAGGCUAGUGAAACCAAAGAAUCCCUGGAUUGUUUUGGAAGAACUAUUAAAGUACUCUCAAACAGGUUGAAAAUGUUUUCUUUACUUGUGUAAGCUUUGCCUAAUGUGAUUGUUUAUUUCACAUGUUAGUUUUGAAUAAAGCAAUUGAUGAAACAUG